GUUUUCUGUUUUGCAGCUCCGGUUUCAGUCCUAGCCCUGCACAGGGCCCCCAGGGCCUGCUGGGCUGGGACACCCACCCGCACGGACACCCGUGGGCAGGGGCACCCACCCGCAAGGACAUCACCGCUGGGAAUGCCACCAGUACAGGGACACCACUGGUACAGGGACACCACCAGUAUGGGGACACCACCGGUACAGGGGCACCACCAGUAUGGGGACACCUCCGGGGGCACCGGGACGGGAGCCUGGGGGCUGCUGUCUGCCUGGCUGGUGGGGAGCAAGGGUAGCUCCGCGGGACCCCACGGGACUGGGGGGUCCCCCUGUGGGGUGCAGCCCUGGGGCUGGCAGGGGGCCCUGUCCCCGUGCUGCGGGCAGGGCUGAGCAGGGGACGAGCAGCGGUUAGGAGCCGUCCCAGGCUGUUUCCCUCCGGCAGCUCCAGCCCCGGUGCCUGCACGGGGAAGGAAGGGGGCGGCGAGCCCUGGUCCUGCUGCUGCCAGCCUCGAGGGAGCAGCAGCAGCGUGGGGCUGGGUGCCAGGAUCCGGCCAGGCCCUGCCUGCAUCGGCAGCCCCGGGAUCGGCCCCUCCGGGUGAUGCUCUCCCCGUCCCAGCCAUGAAUGCACAAAAUGUUGGGGUCAGGCCACGGUGGGUCCUGGGGAUGUGUGGGCUGAGCACUCGCCUCGUGCCUGUGCCGGACAGACGGACACGUGCUGCUCAAGUGCGUUGACAAACAUAUGCAUGGCCUGAGCUAUAGAAGGGCUGGGAGGGAGCUGCAGGAUGGGGGCACCUGGCAUCCCCGGGCUGCCCCUCAUCACCUCGGGGACUACUCCCUGCCUGGCAAAGCCACAGUCCUUCCUGAGCCAGGGGGAUGCGGGGUGACCCUUUAUAGGAUUUUUUUGCAUCUGAUGGCUGCCCUUGUCCCUGAUGGUGAACGGCCCCACACGGGCACGUCCCAGGCUCUCCCUUGUGCAGCGCUCUGAGGCUCCUCCCAAGGCUUCACCAACACCCAUCCCCACAAAGCCGGGGGUGCAAUGGGCCUGAGGACGAUCCCGCGGCUGCGCUGGACAUGGCUGUGCCUCGGGGCCCUGCUGGCAGCCCCCUGGGUGAGUGGGGACCCUGUAGUGCAGCACCCCCAUCCUGCUGCCUUUGGUGCCGGUUCCUUGCCAGCCUGCUGCUUUCACUUUUACUUCUGCGCUUUGCCACCACUGUCCCCGUGCCAGGGCUCGCGGUGGGGUGGGCAUCUCCUCGGCCUCGCAGGCGAAGGAAGGGUUUCUGCCCUGAGCCAUGCAGGUGUUGCUCGCCCUCCCGCUGCUUGCCUCUGCAAAGGUAAUUUCUUGCAUCGCCCCCAGUGCCUGGGGAGCCCCAAGGAGCACGGUGCUCCGGCUCGGGGAGGGGCAGAGACCCACGGCAGGGCAGGGGAAUGCCACGAGGAUGCACGGGCACUUUUAACCCUGUGCAUGGCAUGCGGCACCUGGGGAGGGGGCUCCAGCACCCAGCGUGCACCCCCCAGCCCCGCUCCCUCGCGCAGGCGGGGACCCCCCAGUUCCUGAUGGACAUGAGCCGCGACGCCUUUGAUGACCAGUACGAGGGGUGCACGGAGGCGAUGGAGGCAGCGGGGCCGGCGCUGCUGGAGCAGGAGCAGGCACGGGGCAGGUCCAGGCUCUUUGGCAGGGUCUGGGCACGCGCCGGGGAGCGGUGGCAGCAGGUGAAGGGCUCGCUGGCUGCCCGCCUGCCCCCCGGCUUCAAGGAUGAGUACGGCCAGGCCGUGAUCGCGUACACAGACAACAGCCUGCACUACUUCUUCAACACAGCCAUGAGGGCGGCCGGGCGGUCGCGGGCCACCUACAACGCCAGCUUCCCCUUCAAGGCGCUGCACUUCUACCUGACCAGAGCCCUGCAGCUGCUGCGGGGGCCCUGCGAGGCCACCUACAGGACACCGGUGUACCGGGGCAUCGCCCACACCCGCUACCAGCUGCAGGGCGCCAGCCCCUUCAGGUUCGGCUCCUUCGCCUCCUCCUCCUUCAGGAGGGAGCAGGCAGAGAGCUUUGGGCAGGACACGUUCCUCAGCAUCCGCAGCUGCUUUGGGGUCCCCAUCCACGCCUUCUCCUUGUACACGGAGGAGGAGGAGGUGCUGAUCCCUGGCCAUGAGAUCUUCUGGGUCUUCCCGGACAAGGGCAGUCACCGCUUUGUCCUGCGGAGCGCCAACAGGACCUGCAGCCACUUCAACUGCGCCUUCCUGGGAUACGAGAAGAGCCCGGAGUGCAGGGGUAGCACAGCUGGUGCCAGGCACAGAGAGGAGCUGUGAAGGGCAGCGCCCAGCUGGCGGCCCCGAGGAGAAAAGCCAGCGGCCAUGCAGAGAACGCCUGAACCGCAGUCUGUGGCAGAGCAACCAGGGGCAGUGCACAAGCGGUGUGUGGAGUCCAGCUAGACCCUGUGGCAGAGCAGCCCGGCACGCUGCCUGUGCUGUGCCAUGCCGUGCCGUGCCGUGACAUCGUGGGGACAGCAGCAGUGCCCCCUUGCUGGCCGGGGGAUGCUGCUGCUCUAGGUGGGGAGGACAGUGUCUGGCCAAGGCCUCGCACUGGAGGCUCCUCCUCGUCUCACCACCGCCUCAUGCACCUUUGGGCCCAGUGUCACGUGCCAGGGCUGGUCUGCUGGGGCUCACCCCGGAACGUGCUCACAGCAGGGCUUGGCAGCACCCGGCACCAAGCAGCACCCAGCCCCCAGGACAGGGGAAGGUUUCUACCACUUCCCCAUUAUUUCAUGUUUCUCCAGCUUCAAAAUUUUUAGCAACUUCUCAGCCAGACAAGGCUUGCACCCUCACCUGGACCCAGCCCCAAAACCUUCACAGGUGGUUCCACGUCUCACGAACUGCUGGCAACGAAUGCUCAGACCCGGGCAGGGAUUUGACUACUUGUAGUGGGUUUAUAUGGCAAAGUUUUGGUAGUGGGGGGGCAUAGGGGUGGCUUCUGUGAGUAGAAUCCAGAAGCUGCCCCACGUUAGAUAAAGGCCCAACUGCUGGCCAGAGCCAGUCCA